AUGUUCCGUGGUGACCCCAUGCCGUCGUGGUGGGUCGUUGGGCAUCAAUGGAAAUUUAAGAGGAUUUGGCAAAGAGCAUCGCGCUUGCAGCCUCGCAAAAUGGCGGAGCAAGAAGAGGACUUCAGUUCCUUGCCUCUACCAGAUAGAUUUGUCCAUAAGAAUUGGAAAGUUAGAAAAGGGGGAUAUGAGGACGCUACAAAACAAUUCGAGCUAUCACCCGACGAAUCGGAUCCCGUGUUUCGACCGUUCCUACAAGACCCAGGGCUAUGGAAGGGUGCCGUCGCCGAUUCGAAUGUAGCGGCACAGCAGGAGGGUUUAAAUGCGUACUGCGCCUUUUUGAAAUAUUCUGGAGUGCAAGGAUGCACGAGAUGGCUCAAAGACGCUAUGAAGCCGCUGUUCUGGGGAGAAUUAAAACCAGUACAACAACAGGAUUUAGAAAAACUAUUCGAAGCUAUCAAGCAGGAGCCAGCGCCAAAGCAGCAGCGAUUUACGCGAGCACAGCAAGAAGCUAUGGCAGCAGCCAGCAACCAGGCUGGUGGAGAGGGCGAUGACGGCGCAGACGGGGGCGAAGCAGACGUUGAUGAUGCAGAGGUUGAUGCUUUUGAUCUUGCAGAAGCCGUCGAUGUCUUGUCUCAGGCACCAAAGGACCUGCACGAGAAAUUAGCGUCGUCGAAAUGGAAGGACCGUAAAGAAGCGCUCGAUGCACUUUUCGUCGCAGCGAAUGUUCCUAGGAUAAAAGAUGGGCCCUUUGACGAAGUAGUACGUGCGCUGGCAAAAUGCAUGAAGGAUGCAAACGUUGCAGUGGUGACUGUGGCUGCCAAUACGAUAGAAGCUCUUGCUAAAGGCUUACGUAAAAGUUUCUCCAAAUACAGGCCUACUGUUCUAGCUCCUGUUAUGGAACGCCUAAAGGAGAAAAAGCAGUCUGUUGCUGAUGCGCUAGGUCAUGCCUUGGAUGCAGUUUUUGCUGCCACCAACCUUUCGGAUUGUCUUGAAGAUGUGUUAGAAUUCCUUAAGCACAAAAAUCCGCAAGUCAAACAAGAAACUCUGAGGUUUCUGAUUCGAUGUCUGAGAACAACGCGGGAUGUUCCAUCCAAACCGGAAGCAAAGUCGAUAGCGGACGCUGCUACAAAAUUACUAACAGAAUCCAGCGAAGCUACUCGAUCCGGCGGUGCUGAAAUUCUGGGAACCUUGAUGAAGAUUAUCGGCGAAAGGGCGAUGAAUCCCUAUUUGGAUGGGUUAGAUGAUAUUCGGAAAACAAAGAUAAAAGAAUUUUUUGACACGGCAGAAGUCAAGGCUAAGGAACGUCCUAAACCUAUCGUCGGGCCUCCCAAAGGUCUAGCCCUUCCCGGAGGGGCUAAGAAGCCCAUUGCCAAACGGCCACCAGCUGCCGUUAAGAAGCCGGCACCCGCUGCGGCACCCGCUGCAGCACCCGAAGAACCUACGCCGGCACCACCCACCGCCAAGAAGGCAAUUCCGUCCAAGCUUGGCCUUCCCAAGGCUGCGGGAGCGGCGACACCUGGGGGAGGAUUUAAACUUCAAAGGAAGCUAGCUGGACCAGGAGGUGCGCCUGCAUCGCCACGAAGGGUUGUCUCACCACCAUUCGAGGAAAACCCCCCUCCUGUUGCCACUGCUUCUGCUCCUACAGUGUCCAAAUUCGGUAUGGGUAAUCGCGGACUUACUGGACGUUCGCUGGGGAGGCCUGCACCUUCAAACUCAGAGCCUGCACCGCCGCCUCCUACUUCAAUAAGCUCCGGGAUGGCAGCAAUUGAGCGAGCUGAAUUAGAAGAGCUUCGCCUUGAGAAAGAGAGAUAUUCUCGGAUGGUAGAAAAUUUGCAAUCUGAGCGAACAAAACUGCUAUCCGAAAUAAAUGAACUUCAAAAUCAAAACGCGCAGCUGAUUGAAGACCACACAAGGGAUGUUCUGAGCGUCAAAGCCAAAGAAACUCAACUGGUUCGAGCCAGGAGUGAUGCAGAAGCGGCAGAACAAAAUGUCCAGAAACAGCAAAGGGAAAUUGAGCGGUUGAAGCGGGAGCUGGCUCGGGCCGUGCGCGCCAGUGCAGCUAGCCCUCCAGCAACUAUUCCUGAUAUGAGCCUGAAUAUGGGCCUGACUGAUGGCGGAAUAUAUCAGGACAACACAAACAAUCAUAACCACAACAUGAACGGUCCACCAUCUCGCUCCGCUCUGCAUUUCGGCUCACGAUUCGAAAGCGCACGACCUAGAAGCUUCAUGUCUGCCAGCCCCAGUGAGGAAAAAGAAAACACCAACGGCCUCGAAUCACCACCAGGUCUGAGUAGUACAGGUGGCGGCGGCGGGCAUCCAGGGAGGAGAAAAAUCAGUCCACCCGUUGGCUCUUCUUAUUCUUCAGGUAGAGGAAGCCCGGGGAGGAUGUCUGUUGGCGGUAGGACAGGGUCCAGCGGUGAUGGACUGCCUGCAUCCACAUCUACUUCACAGGGCGGCGGCGAACCGGCGGAGAAUUGGAAGCGCGCCGCCGAAGUUACUAGCCAGCUGAAGGCGAGGAUUGAGCAGAUGAAGGCACGACAAGGUCUUUCUCGGCCUGCACCUUCAUAG